AUGACAAACCCAGGAUUAAUCCGCAGUCGAACUCGGUCGCCUUCUCCGGGUCGCAUUUUUGCCUCCUCUACGACCCCGAUCGUCGUCCCUUCGUCGCCUUUGCUACAAUCUCCAUCAUCAAUUUUAAAAUCAAUAUUAAAGGAUCCUAUAGGCACCAAAACCUGUAACGCUAAUGAUGAUGCAUCAAGUUGCGACACGCCGAUUAGACGCAGUGCGCUGAAUACCAGUCCCGGGCGAGAAAACUUACCCUUGAAAUCAUCCCGAACACAGAGGAACAUAGAGAAAAUAGGAGGCAAAUCGUAUAAAGAGAUACUUGGGAAGGCUGCGGAUCAUUUACAUUCAAGUGAGAAGAAGCCAAAAAGAAAGAGUGGCUCCCAGAAGACGAAAAGCGGUGAUAAAUCUGUGAACAAGACUCUCAUAGGUCAUGCCACAAAACCACUGGCUACGAGAAUAUCCAAACCAGUCAAAGGUUUGCAUACACUGCCUGACGAUGGUGUGCCAACAUUAUGCGAUGACUCAAACUUGACUAAAGCGCCAUGCGAUGAUGACCAGUUCGACUCCCAAGCCGCUAUAAAAAGACGAUGCGGCUGGACACCAGUCAAGAAUACAGCAGUUCUUACUGUUGAUCUAACUCUUGACUCUGUGUCAUCUACCCCAGAUUCAUGCUCUAAAAAUAACCGGCCAUUCACAUCGCUUCUAUCUGGAUAUGGCUUUAUUCCGGGCUCUACUUCCAAUACGAACAGCGAAUCUUCGGAAAUUAACCCCACUAAAAAAAGGCAACUGGAGCUCUUUCCAGCCCUUUCAACUACACUCCCCUUGGAGGCUGACAGCGGGCAAUGCGCUCUGAAAGAGAAAAGCAUAAAACCGAAGCGAGCCCGCAAACCUACAUCUACUACUAUUACAUCACUCUCCACGGCUUCGUAUGAACGUUAUAAUUCCCUUCCGUCUUCGAGAAAUCCCGAGUUCUUGCCUGUCAACCCACCUGACCCAUUGGUUAAAUGCUCUAACCAUGAAUCGAGAGCGACUAAGCCCCGGGUGAAAAGAACCAAGGGCAAAAAGAAAAUCGAUAAUUCUAUUUUCAAGGUUGCUCCAGCCGUGGAUGCCUUGAAAUCGUUGGAAGACCAGGUGUUCGUCUUUGGAACAUCUAGUCAGCUCGAGCGAAGUUCUCCAGAUGAAGCCUCUUAUAUAAAAAAUUGCAAGCAAGAUAUGCGUUUAUCUGAGUCUAGUACUGGCUCUAUUUCUACUUUAUCUAGGUUUAAGGCGUCUAAAAAUUUGUGGUCUGCUGGUGGCAAAACUCCAGAUAUGGAACUCAGUGAUAUAGAAGUCGUUGAUAUGGCCGACUCAAACACCCCAAGGCUCAUUAAGUCGGCCACCCUUCCGCCUUGCAGAGUUUCUACGCAAACGGCUUCUUGCGACAAUAUCGCUAAAGACAUCAGCCUACCACCUCAAGAGAGAUCAGCGACUGCUAAAUCAGUUAUACAAGAGAUACCAGAAACGCCUACUGGCAAAUUUUGCUCGAAAAUUGUGCAGCAUCCGACAAACUCAAGUAUUCAUGCGGCAACUUCGAAACAAAUGCCCAGCUUUCGUGGAUUUACCACUGCGGAACUAACGCAGAAAGUAGCUGCCUUUGGGUUUCGACCCUUGAAAAACAGAGACAAAAUGAUAUCACUGCUAGAAAAAUGCUGGGAAACUCAAAACAAAACUCAUACUCCAUUACCUAUGAGUGAUGUGAAAGCAUCUGACUCUAUUCUUAACAUUCAAGGGAGGAUUGUGUCCGAUCCCCCACAAGAACGACCCGCUACACUCAAGACAGUAGCACCAAAGAAACAAGUACCAAAGCAUAAAGCAGAUAAACUCACAGGAAUUUCCCCCAAUCGAAAAAAAAUCGGUACCAAUAAUAGCAAUGCCAAUCAAAGUCAAAUUCAAAGACAGGCUCCUUCUCAACCGGUCAUCGUUAUUCCAGACAGCGAUUGCAGCGACAUCGAAUAUGGCAGAAGCAAUUCAUAUGAUACACUAACCAGCCAUUCUUCUUUAAACAACACCCACCCUUUAAGUCUAGACCUAAACCAGCAAAUAACGAAAGCAAUUAGAGCACAACCCCGGAUCCCCGCUAUCAACGGAGUGAAGCAGCCUACGUGGCUCGAGAAGAUUCUUAUGUAUGACCCAAUUUGGCUGGAGGAUUUUACAGUUUGGCUUAACACCGAAGGGUUAAAUUGUAUUGGGGAAGAUAGAGAAGUUGGUGUAUUCGCUGUGAGGGAAUGGUGUGAGGGUAAAGGUAUUUGCUGUACCUUGAAAAGAUCAUCGUGA